AUGGCGUCUGCGGUAGGAUUUUAUUUUGAUAACCUAAAGGACUGUUUAGUAUUCUUCCAAUGGUUGUAUGGCGGGGCUGGAAAAAAUAAGCUCCUUGACGUGGUCAAAAAGCUUUGUGUGCUUCUUGAGCCAUGUUAUAAGACUAUUAACGAAGAUAAAAUCCGCUCCGAUUUGUUAAAGUUUCUGUUCAAAGUUGACGCUUUUUACGGGAAGUUGGUGCGGAAGAAAUCGAAUAACGGUCCAUCAAUUCCGCAAGAUGAAAGCUUGACAACCCCUGAAAAAAUCCUCGACGCUCUCCUUUUUUGUCUCCCCAAGUUCUAUGCUGCUAUAUAUUACCUGUGGUACGAUGUGAAUCAGAAUUUCAAAAUGCAAGGCGGAGGGGGCUGGAAGAAUGAUUAUCCUGGUUAUGAUGGAAAAGAUGUUUUUGGACGCAACUGGGGUGGUGACCUGCAAAAAUAUCUCACUGGCACAUCAAAACAUCAUAAUCAUAAUAACGUAGAACUUCUCCUUGGUGGAUUUCAGGAAGGUGAUAUAAAAUAUGGCUAUAAUGAUAGUUCAGGUUUCUAUCAGGGUCGUAGCAUGCUUACAGAGCUCGCUAAUCUAGUGGACAAAGAAUCUACUAAAUGGAAUCUUGUCCGUGAUGUAUUUUCCACAACAGCACUUCCUACCCACGGCGGCUCGGACAAACCGAACGCUGCGAACGUUCUUGCAGUGAUUGAUACAUUGUGCGAGACUGUGAAGACAGAACGCAGUGUUCUCGCAUUAGAAGUGCACGAGGGACUGGAAAAGAGGUUCAUAGAUUGGCAGGGUUUGGUCAAUCAUUGCCAAUUUCUCAGGCAUUCAUUCGGCAAACUUUUUAAAGGUGGGGCUUUUUCGUUCACCGGUUAUAGAAGGGCUAGCAAUGAGGUUAAGAGUGCUGGUUUUACGAAAAGGGCAGCGGCAUGGUUGAGAGGUCAUUUGGACCAUGUAAUGGAGGCUUUGGAUGGAAUUACACCCUAUAGAGGCAACAAAUAUCUGAGUAUAUUCGACAAGGAAAAGCAUCACCAUAUGAUUAACAGUUAUUAUGCCGAACUUGGUGAUUAUUUCACCAAAAAUGUUUUUCCAUACGGUUUCACGUUGUUUGGAGAUAAUAUCUAUACACUGCCGAACGAUCCGCACAAGACUCUGCUCGAUGACUGGAAUAAUGAAAUCAAGUGGCUUAAAGGAGAAAAUGGUUUGGGGAAGUUAAAAAACCUUUUGGAGGGUUUGAAGUAUCCAAUAGGGUAUAAUCACGGGGAGGGUAUUAACGUCACUCAACCUAAUGAUGAAUCCAAACACCAUGUGGUAACUGCAACCGGCGGUCCGAGUCAUGUGACUAACAUUAUUGAAGGAACAACGAAUGACAAUGAUCAGGAUGCACAGAGUAGUAUUCCAAAAAAGGACUACCGUGAAUCUCAACACGAGGGUCCAACAGAUGUUAAAAAGACAUCUGACUCAGCAACCACAUCGGGAGUCGAUACUAGUGAUGGAAAUUCGGAAAUAAUUGAAAGAAAUGGGUAUAAUGAUGAUGGAGAUGAUACGGAGUGCAAUCAUAAAGUACCGGAUAUGCACGAUGGUAGCGACGAUGCAUGUUAUCACCAUAUGCGUGUGCAGCGUCCAUUGAACACCGAUUAG